AUAUAUCGAUACAGCCCAUACAUUGGAGCAAGAAACUCAACUGGGGUUACGACGAUUUGAAGUUUGUGACAACAUUGACCUUGAAACCAUUUUGAUGGAAUAUGAGAGCUAUUAUUUUAUAAAAUUCCAGAAAUACCCCAAAAUUGUUAAAAAGGCAUCAGAUACAGAAGAAAAUAAUUUACUGCCAAGAAGUGGAGGGAAGACCAAAAGAGUGACGAAUGACAGUUAUCAAAAUCUCCCUAACAUCAAUCACCAGAGGCCGAGAUCCAAAGCCGUAUCAGGGAAGACAAGGGACACCAAAUCUCUCAAUAAGGAGCACCCUAAACAGGGUCAAGUCACUGCCUUUCGAGGGCUGCUCACAGAUACUGCCAAAGGAGCAACCAGUGAGCUUGACUUGAACACCUUUGACUGUAACCCAGAUCCCUCUGAACGAUUGCUGAAGCCUCUGAGUGCAUUUAUUGGCAUAAACAGUGAGAUGCGAGAGUUGGCAGCGGUGGUGAGCCGGGACAUUUAUCUCCAUAAUCCAAACAUAAAAUGGGAUGACAUUAUUGGACUGGAUGCUGCCAAGCAGUUAGUUAAAGAAGCAGUUGUGUAUCCUAUCAGGUAUCCGCAGCUGUUUACAGGAAUUCUUUCCCCAUGGAAAGGUCUCCUGCUUUAUGGCCCUCCAGGUACAGGAAAGACGUUACUGGCCAAAGCUGUGGCCACUGAGUGCAAAACAACCUUCUUUAAUAUUUCUGCAUCCACCAUUGUCAGCAAAUGGAGAGGGGAUUCAGAAAAACUUGUUCGGGUGCUAUUCGAACUUGCCCGCUAUCACGCCCCCUCCACCAUCUUCCUGGACGAGCUGGAGUCAGUGAUGAGUCAGAGAGGCACUGCUCCCGGAGGAGAACACGAAGGCAGCCUGAGGAUGAAGACAGAGCUGCUGGUGCAGAUGGAUGGGCUGGCGCGCUCCGAGGAUCUUGUAUUUGUCUUAGCAGCAUCAAACCUGCCUUGGGAGCUGGACUGUGCCAUGUUACGCCGACUAGAGAAGAGGAUCCUGGUUGAUCUCCCCAGUCACGAAGCCAGGCAGGCCAUGAUCCACCACUGGCUGCCACCUGUGAGCAAAAGCAGAGCCCUGGAGCUUCGCACAGAGCUCGAGUACAGCGUGCUGAGCCAGGAGACGGAGGGCUACUCAGGCUCAGACAUUAAGUUGGUCUGCAGGGAAGCAGCCAUGCGACCUAUGAGGAAGAUCUUCAGUGCACUUGAAAAUCACCAGGCAGAGAGCAGCCACUUACCUGGGAUCCAGUUGGAUACAGUGACCACGGCUGACUUUUUGGAUGUUCUAGCCCACACCAAGCCUUCAGCAAAGAAUCUGACUCAGAGAUACUCAGCCUGGCAGAGAGAAUUCGAGUCUGUUUGAAAUCACAUUUACUCUGACCUGGCCACUAAGUCAACUACAGAGGUGUCCUCAGUUAAUAGUACAGAUGGGAAAACAUCAUGAUUGGAACAGAAAAGAGAAAAUGAUUUCAAAACAGGGGAGUAACUUGGACAAUUUUAUUUUGUGGAAAUAGAGGCUAUUUUUAUUAAUUUUUCAUCACAGAUGUCAGCAAAAUAUUGGUGAUUUCAGUUAAUUUAUAUGUACUAUUACACCAAGCCAUGGCUAUUUGUCUAACCAUUAAGACUCUACAAAAUUUUGAUGAACAAUUUCCUAUAGCUUCAUUUGUAAACUGGUAUCUUCACUCUAAAUAAAUUUUUUUUUUACAGGUCUAGUCUUGUAUUUUUUCAUUCAACUCAUUCUCCAAUCUGUCUGAUACCCAUCAGUAUAGUAUGCUUUUCUAAAUGGCUACACAUAACAGAUAAAUUUUCAAUUCACUCUCUACUUCCUGUGGUCCUGGUGUUCUAAGGAAAAAAGGACCAGAAGACCACCAUAGAGUAAGUUGAUUACACUGAAUUCUUAAUUUGAGUUCACAUCUUACCCUGGUCUAUUGCCAUAUCUAUUGUCCUCAAAACUUUUAACUCAAAACCAUGGUUCUGUUUUCUGGAGAAUAGUAGAAAGCCUCCAUUUUCCUGCCUUGACUAGAAGUAGUUAUCUGGUUUCUCAGUAGGGGAUGGUUUCUAAGACUUCCAUGAUUCUAUUUACCAACUUUUAACCAAUUCCUUACUUUUCAACUCUGCCUCAUACCUCUCUUCCACUCCACCUUAUGUCUAAGACUUAUCUUUGAGGUCAUUCUACAGGGUAAAAUUUGGUUGUAAUUUUUUUUUUUUUUAAUGAUGAGUUUAGUUCUCAACAGUCCAUUUACUUUCCAUCUUCCCAAUUAUCUUCUUGUCCACAAUGUCUGCUGUAAAAUCCUCUUCUUGGUUGGUCUUGUGCAUUUCAAACUUCGUUUUUUUUUUUUUUUUUUUCUUAUUUGGAGAAGGAUCAACUAACAUCAUUAAUUUAUCACAAAGUAUCUAUUUUUUUUUUCAAGUACAUCUAAAUUCAUAUAGGAGGUUGGUAAGUAGUUUAAUGAAAACUUAACCCAACAUGAGGUAUCUUCUUCUAGAGCAGAGGUUAGAAUUAAAAGGCCUAGGGGCUGGGGAGAUAGCUCAGCAGAGUAAGUGCUUGCCUGGCAAGUGCAAGGUACUGAAUUCCACCCAGUACAAAAACAAAACAAAACAUAAAACAACAACAGAACACCUCAAAGGCCUAUACAACAAGAAACUUGAGCGGAAUGAGUAAAGCUGGCUGUAGGAAAAGGCACAGGUGGGGACAGGGUGAAAUGCUGAGGGGCAGUUAUUCUCUGAAGGGCACAUCAGGGAUCAGCCUCAGAUGAAAGGAAGUGGACCCAACACUGUCAGCAUUUCUAAUCUUUCUACAAAACCAGGAACUGAUUUGCAUUUAAACUCCUGCUUCUCAAAUGUUGGCAAUUAAGCUUAGCCACAGCCUACUGAAAUCACAUGACUUGUUCCCACCCUUCACUUAGAUCACCAUGAUGGAUCAUACUUAUGUCAGAUAACCCCAAUCUUCACUUUGACUUUUUCAUCAUUUGUAAAUUUCUCUGCUUUUAUUAGGUGGCAUCUAUGUGUAUGUGCUUUACUGUCUCCAAAUUGAGCUCCAUUGCUAAGGUAAUUUAUCUCACUGCUAUUAAAUGGAGCAUUGUUUAAGGUGGCACAGGCCAAAAUCUACCUGAAUCAUGUAUCUGCUUCGCAAGUUGUGACAACUGUUCCUAAGCACUUGGCUCACUGCGCAUGAUCUCUUCCAUUAGGGGACUUACACAACCAAAAAGUGGAACUUCUCAGGACCCCUUCUUCUGUUAGAUAUACUUUUAUAUGCUUCAGCCACUCAACUAGAAGAUACACAUCACAGGAGCCAGAGCUGUGUCUGCUUGCUGUCUUCUCAUGC